GAGGAGGAGGCGGAGAGUCGCUCCCGCCGGGCGAGCAUGGGGCGCCUGGCGCCCAGGCCGCUGCUGCUGGCGCUCCUGUCGCUGGCUCUUUGUCGAGGGCGUGUGGUGAGAGUCCCCACCGGGAGCCUGGUGCGGGUGGUGGGCACUGAGCUGGUCAUCCCCUGCAAUGUCAGCGAUUAUGACGGCCCCAGUGAGCAAAACUUUGACUGGAGCUUCUCAUCUUUGGGGAGCAGUUUUGUGGAGCUUGCCAGCACCUGGGAGGUGGGCUUCCCAGCCCAGCUGUACCGGGAGCGCCUGCAGAGAGGUGAGAUCCUUUUGAGGCGAACUGCCAAUGAUGCCGUGGAGCUCCACAUAAAGAACGUCCAACCUUCGGACCAAGGCCACUACAAGUGUUCAACCCCCAGCACGGAUGCCACCGUCCAGGGCAACUAUGAGGAUACGGUGCAGGUGAAAGUGCUGGCUGAUGCCCUGCACGUAGCUGCCAGUCAACCGUCUCCCCUGGGCCUGCGCCUGGGUGAGCCCUUCGAGCUGCGCUGCACGGCUGCCGCCACAUCCCCGCUGCAUACUCACCUGGCACUGCUCUGGGAGCUGCAGCACAGCUCCACCCGACAGAAUGUCCUCGCCCUGACCCAUGAGGGCCGGCUGCACCCAGGCCCCAGCUACGAGCAGCGCUACCACAGCGGCGACGUGCGCCUGGACACCGUGGGGAACGAUGGCUACCGCCUCUCUGUGUCCCGGGCCUUGGCCACUGACCAGGGCACCUACAAGUGUGUUGUCAGUGAGUGGAUCGAAGAGCAAGGCAACUGGCAAGAAAUCCAAGAAAAAGCCGUGGAUGUGGCCACUGUGGUGAUCCAGCCAACAGUUUUGCGAGCUACCGUGGGCAGGAACGUGUCUGUGGCUGAAGGAAAGGAGCUGGACCUGAGCUGCAACAUCACAACAGACCGAGCGGAUGAUGUCCGACCUGAGGUGACAUGGUACUUCAGCAGGACACCGGACAGCACUGUGCCUGGCCCCCAUGUGUUGGCACGGCUGGACCGUGAUUCCCUGGUGCACAGCUCUCCUCAUGUUGCUUUGAGUCACGUGGAUGCACACUCCUACCAUUUACUGGUUCGAGAUGUUAGCAAAGAAAACUCUGGCUACUAUUUCUGCCACGUGGCACUCUGGGCACCAGGGCACAACAGGAGCUGGCACAAGGUGGCAGAAGACAUGUCUGCCCCAGCUGGUGUGGAUGUGACCUGGCUAGAACCAGACUAUCAGGUGUAUCUGAAUGCUUCUAAGGUCCCUGAGUUUUCAGAUGACCUCACGGAGCUGGAUUGCCGGGUAGUGGACAUGAAGAGCAUGGAGGCCAGUGUUCGUGUGACAGUGUCCUGGUACUACAGGAUGAACCGGCGCAGUGAUGAUGUGGUGACCAGUGAGCUGCUUGCAGUCAUGGACGGGGACUGGACGCUGAAGUACGGAGAGAGGAGCAAGCAACGGGCCCAGGAUGGAGACUUUAUUUUCUCUAAGGAACGUGUGGACACAUUCAGUUUCCGAAUCCAAAGGACUACAGAGGAAGACAGAGGCAAUUACUACUGCGUUGUGUCCACCUGGACCAAACAGCGGAACAAUAGCUGGGUGAAGAGCAAAGAUGUUUUCUCUAAACCUGUCCACAUAUUUUGGGCAUCAGAAGAUUCUGUGCUUGUGGUGAAGGCGAGGCAGCCAAAGCCUUUCUUUGCUGCAGGAAAUACUUUUGAGAUGACUUGCAAAGUGUCUUCCAAGAAUAUUAAGUCUCCACGCUACUCUGUUCUCAUCAUGGCAGAGAAGCCUGUUGGGGACCUCUCCAGUCCCAACGAAACCAAGUACAUCAUCUCCCUGGACCAGGACUCUGUGGUGAGGCUGGAGAAUUGGACAGAUGCCUCACGGGUGGAUGGCGUUGUGUUGGAGAAAGUGCAGGAAGAUGAAUUUCGCUAUCGAAUGUACCAGACUCAGGUGUCGGAUGCAGGGCUGUACCGCUGCAUGGUAACAGCCUGGUCUCCUGUCAGGGGCAGCUUGUGGCGAGAAGCAGCAACCAGUCUCUCCAAUCCUAUUGAGAUAGACUUCCAAACCUCAGGUCCUAUAUUUAAUGCCUCCGUGUAUUCAGACACACCAUCAGUCAUCCGGGGAGAUCUGAUCAAAUUGUUUUGUAUCAUCAGUGUCGAAGGAACUGCCCUGGAUCCAGAUGACAUGGCCUUUGAUGUGUCCUGGUUUGUGGUGCACUCCUUUGGCCUGGACAAGGCUCCCAUCCUCCUGUCUUCCCUGGACCGGAAGGGGAUUGUGAACACGGCCCACAGGGACUGGAAGAGCAACCUCAGCCUGGAGCGCGUGAGCGUGCCGGAAUUCUUGCUACAAGUGCAUGGCUCCGAGGACCAGGACUUUGGCAACUACUAUUGUUCUGUGACUCCCUGGGUGAAGUCACCAACAGGUUCCUGGCAGAAGGAGGCAGAGAUCUACUCCAAGCCCAUCUUUAUAACUGUGAAGAUGGAUGUGCUGAACGCCUUCAAGUACCCGCUGCUAAUCGGUGUCGGCCUGUCCACUGUCGUCGGGCUCCUGUCCUGCCUCAUCGGGUACUGCAGCUCCCACUGGUGUUGUAAGAAGGAGGUCCAGGAGACCAGGCGUGAGCGCCGCAGGCUCAUGUCCAUGGAGAUGGACUAGGCUGGUACCUGGCCGAGGCAACAACGGGGACGGUCUAGGAGCAAUUUGGGCAAGAAGAGGAUGGUGAUAUUUUAACGUGAAGUGUGUUACACUAAAACCCAGUCCUCUCUAAUCUCAGGUGGGACUUGGCGCUCUCUCCUCUGCAUGUCAAGUUCUGAGCGCGGACACGUUGACCAGCACACAGCUUUUCUUCCCACAGCACUUUCUGAGGACAAUCAAGUGUGUCUUUUCCCAACUGCGGCUUUUUAAUGGUUAACCUCUGUCUAAUUUUUUUCUCCUACUGUUUAUAGAUCUCUGACUUGUAUAUGUUUAUAGCUUUUGUUCCAAGGGAUUGUGGUGAGGAUGGGUGAUGGCAUUCGGAGUUCUUUGUCCUGGGUGAGAGCUGGCUUCAGGGUUGGAGGCAGGUGUGAAGAGAGUGGCUAGGUCACCCUCUACGCCGGCCCAGAGACAACGCAGACCUGUGCUGAAGGCAAAUUUGUGGCGUUCACUACCCUGCCCAUCCCCUAUUUUCAGGGGUUUAGACCACAUUUGAAAUCUAAACUUGCAGUAUGUAACUUCUUAUCAAGCCCAAAUGCAUAUUUUGGUUUUUUGCUUCUCUGCCCCCCUUUCCAUUUCUUUGCUCUUUGCUUUACGUGAGCGUGCUGGAACAGCAGCCCUGGAAUCUAGAAAUUGGCUCUCCACCAAGCACCUUAUCAUGCCACCUUAGCCUUAAGAAUGAAUAUGAAGAAAAAUACAUGGCCACCUCUGUCCAGGGCAGUAAGAAAGUCUACAAGGAAGAGGAGGUUGGGGACAGGGGAAGGAAGAGACACUGACCGCAGUAGUGCGGAGGCACUGCGCCUCAAGGGGCUUCAGGGAGAGGGGAAGGCGGAUCCUCAGUUACGUUUCUGCAGCUCGUGCCAGGAGGGUCAGUGGUGCCAGGCCUGUGUCAGGCGGAAGAAACCACCUCCAUUCCCCAAUCCUGUCCUUUGCAGGAGGCAAAGGCCUUGGACACCAAGAGAUGGCCAGGGGACCACAGAUGCUCCACGUCCUUCACAGGCAGCUUGGUCUCCUUAAUGUGAAGGACAGUUGCUGCUUGUGAGACUGGCUGACUUCAUGGAAUUGGAAACUGCCUGGAAGAACCAUGUAUUUCUCUGACCUUUUCAGUCCUGCAGGUCUUUCUAAGAUUCCCUACAAGGGGUUAGUGAGAAAGGGUAGACUUUGUGGGAUGUUUGCUUUCCUAUUAUGAACCUGAGGGAAAUCCAGCAAUUUAUUGCCAUGUGAACAGCCUGCAAAAUAGAUCUGAGAGCGGUCUCCUUGGCCCGACUGCUUGUAUCAGGAACAGGACAAUGGACCAAAAGAGAUCUCCCACUCCCUGGGUGUCUCGCCCCAGGCUCGGCGCUGGCCUUUCGGAAGUGUCCCGGCGGGGCUGAGGCACAGUGACUCAUGCCCUACAUUGCACUCCUCUGUGCUGCUGCCAUGGCUCUGAAGGAUCUAACACUCCUCUGUCUUCCGAAGGGAAAAAAAGACGUGUUUGUUUUGAGCAAUAAAGUAAUACAAGAUGAUGGCCAUUCAUGUACGGCUCUUUGUCAUAAUGAGCCAGAUGAGCCAGACCCCUCCUGGCUCACGACCUUCCCCUCUACUUCCCACUCUCUGCUGCCCAUGAGUUCUGCACUCAUCACCGAGUCACCCCCGGAGGCAGGUUCCCACUGUGUUUUCUUUUUGUUUUGCCCACUGAGGGGACCACUGAUGUGAUAGGAAUGAGAUUCUGCGCUAAUGGUGGCAGCACAAAUGAAUUCCAGGCACAAAGGAAAUGCGGGAGGAUGGGCGCAGGUGUGCCCAGCAGAGCGUGAGU